AUGCAAGAACAUUCAUAUACAUUACCGAUGUGUUCGCUCGAUUGUACAUCUCAUGUUCCAUCAGCAACAGUAAAUGUUUCGAUUGAUACUCACACGUCAACAACAAAUCUCUCGAAUGAUAUUGAAACACAACUCGAAUCACCAACAUCUACACCCGAACUAAAUCUCCUAUUGGAUAAACUAACUGAAAUACUUCGAUUUCGUUCGGGUUGUCGACGACAUUUUGGCGUUAUGCAACAGCAACAAACAUCACAAUCACCAUCGACAAGCAAUUUAAAACGCUUGCAAUCAAGCAGUCUCGAACCUUUACAUAAUAUUGCAGAUGUUGCACCACUCAUACUAAAUAAUUCUUCAAUACCGACAGGUGCAUGGAAAUCAUCGAAUUUACAUUAUAAAACAUCAAUAUCCAAUCGAUGGCCGCAUCAUCAUCAUCAUCAUCAUCACCAUUAUCACGCGAAACAUCAUGCGAAUAUCUCGACAGCUAACGAAAAGAAGCGUCGUCUACCAUGUCUAUUACAACAUUUAAUAGAUGAGGGCAAUUUAAUUAAAGAAGCUGUACGUCGUUUGAAAUCACAAAACUUCUCUCCUACAUCUAAACCAUCAACGAAUAUCGUGCACACUCCAUCUACGCCAACAACCAAACCUUGUAUACAAACAUCCUCCAGUUUAACUUCACGUUUAACACCAAGUGCAUCAAUAAAUAUUCAUAUUCCACAACAAUUGAGUGAUUCUUCGACACAAGUGACUUCGUCACCGAAUCGUAGUAUUUCAUGGUUUCUUUCAUCGAAUGUCUUCACUGUUAAUGCAUCUACNUCUUUUUAUCUAUGGAUCAAAAAGUCUUUAUCUGUCAUUUACAUGCAAGAACAUUCAUAUACAUUACCAAUGUGUUCGCUCGAUUGUACAUCUCAUGUUCCAUCAGCAGCAGCAGUAAAUGCUUCGAUUGAUACUCACACAUCAACAGCAAAUCUCUCGAAUGAUAUUGAAACACAACUCGAAUCACCAACAUCUGCACCCGAAUUAAAUCUCCUAUUGGAUAAGCUAACUGAAAUACUUCGAUUUCGUUCGGGUUGUCGGCGACAUUUUGACGUUAUGCAACAGCAACAACAAACAUCACAAUCAUCAUCGACAAGCAAUUUAAAACGCUUGCAAUCCAGCAAUCUCGAACCUUUACAUAAUAUUGCAGAUGUUGCACCACUCAUACUAAAUAAUUCUUCAAUACCAACAGGUGCAUGGAAAUCAUCGAAUUUACAUUAUAAAACAUCGAUAUCCAAUCGUUGGCCGCAUCAUCAUCAUCAUCAUCAUCAUUGUCACGCGAAACAUCAUGCGAAUAUCUCGACAACUAACGAAAAGAAACGUCGUCUACCAUGUCUAUUACAACAUUUAAUAGAUGAGGGCAAUUUAAUUAAAGAAGCUGUACGUCGUUUGAAAUCACAAAACUUCUCUCCUACAUCUAAACCAUCAACGAAUCUCGUGCACACUCCAUCUACGCCAACAACCAAACCUUGUAUACAAACAUCCUCCAGUUUAACUUCACGUUUAACACCAAGUGCAUCAAUAAAUAUUCAUAUUCCACAACAAUUGAGUGAUUCUUCGACACAAGUGACUUCGUCACCGAAUCGUAGUAUUUCAUGGUUUCUUUCAUCGAAUGUCUUCACUGUUAAUGCAUCUACCGCAAAUCAUAGAAGUGGAAGCGGCUCGCCGCUCCGUUCAUGCUAUACAUUGAAUACAUACGAUCGAGCACCGAUGGAAAUCGGCAUUCAUGAUGGAUAA